GACGCCAAUACAUACACAACGUGGACCGACGACCAUGACCAGGGCCGAGUCGCGCUGUUUGCCAUGGAACAGCAAUUUUCGACGUCGAAAGUGACCGUCGAGUAUUUCGACCCUCACGAUGUCUACAAGCUCCUCGCCCCAGGGCUAGUCCCUCGUCUACCCCUACACAACCUACACUGGCAAUCGCAUGCCGGACCGUUACGGUCCAUCGAUACCCUCCACGUCGAGCUCGUCCAGGGAGAUGUCGAGCCCGCAUCCGCUGUAUCGACCCAGACGCUGCGCCGAUCCGCGAGCACCGCCGACGAUGGCUUCCAGACCCAGAACGUAGGCGCCCGUGCCGCCUCCACCGAGCAAGUCGACGCGCUAUCGCUUCCUUCAAGGGCUCUUGGAAGCCAGCGACGCCAUCAGAUCCCCGGCUUGCGCCGCACGCCCUACCUAAAGGUGCUUCUGGUGCGAUGCGACGACAGCGACUCAUACAAGUCCUCCGUCCGGUCGGAGAUCAAGGAAUGGAUCAAGACGAAUACCCCCCCGAAGAUCACCCCCUCGUCUAGCAACUCAAAGAAGAGCAGCAAGCAAGAGAAGCACGACGCCUUUGAAUACUUGAUUGUGCAUGUCGUCAUCCCCAAUACCGUCGCCGCAACACAACCAAGGAGCAGCAACAAGUCAGAGGGCGGCGCGUCAGAAAAGGCAACCUCCAUAUUCCGCUCGGGAUCAACUCCUCUCUUAGAAAAGUUGCGAACAGAUUUUGGCGGCACCGGAAAGUCGGCAAUGGACCGCAUUGCCCAGAUUCGAAUCGGCAUCAAUGACCUGCCAUACGACCUCCUACCCAGGGUUGUCCCUGCUGUCCCAACGGGGUACUCAGAAAACGAACAUGAUGCGGAAACGGCUUGGCAAGAGCUGGUAGCGAAGAUCAAGGGCCUCAUCCUCAGCUCAUUCGACAUGCGGGUUACCCAGUACGAGGAGGAUAUCAAGGAGAAAGACGGUCAACGAAGUCUUCCCGGUUGGAAUUUCUGCACCUUCUUCAUUCUCAAGGAAGGCCUCGCCCGAGGUUUUGAGAGUGUCGGCCUCGUCGAGGAUGCGUUGGUGGGCUACGAUGAGCUCAGCGUUGGCCUAGACUCUGUGAUCCACGAGCAAGCCGCGGAGGGAUCACCAGAGAGACACGGCGGCGCCAUGCUCAGCUACACUGAUGAGUUGAAAAGGAAUCUGGAAAAGGCGCUCGCCAAGGCAACUGGCGGGACUGCCGAGGAUGAGGAGGCAGUUGACCUGCAGUCGAACGAGGCUCCCGGUAAUCAUUUCGAAGAGAUUCCCAUUAAUGCAACGAAAAAAGCAUAUCGGGACAUGAUAUUGGCGAACAAUGUCUCAGUCUUUGAUUUUCGUUGCUACAUCUUCGCACGACAAAUCACCUUGCUGCUGCGUCUCGGCAACGCCUGGUCAACGCGGGAGGAGCUCUUGGCCAAGUUGAAGGAUCAGCAAGACUCUGUCCUCCACGGUGUGGCUCCUUUGGCCCCCCCUCCCAAGCAUGCUGAGGAGGCGGAAAACCUCGCAAUGCUGGCCGAGAUAUGCCGAAGGACCCUUCAGUUCAUUCCAUCAGUAUCUCAGGUUAUGCGCCAUGAUAUUCUUGCUGCAAUGGCAAAACAGAACCCGGAAGACGAAGAAGACCCGGCCGAUUUAUAUCCUCAUUUAACAGAAGUCGUGGACAAUCUUGUUGCGUCUUUCGCAUUCUCAGUUGCACAGCAAAUUCUUGCUCAGACUUCGUCAAAGGCCCUCCCAAUUCCUCCUUCGACCCUCGCCCCCACCGAUAACCACGAGCAGAAGGCGUCAAUCCCUGAGCCGAAGACGAUGAUGCAUCCUGCUCGAACGUCGUCCCUCACUGUCCAAACGGGCCCACACCCAUCACAGCCCCCUCUGAGCCCUGGUAUUUUCCCAGGACCUGGUAUGCCUCCCAUCGAAGACAACGGUCAGACUGCACAAUUCCUCAAAGCCGGGCUUGAGGACCUGGCUGCCAGGCGUGCAGAGCUCCACAUGCUCUCCAGGAGUAUUCUGGAUAGCCUGGGAAAGAAACGAGGAUGGAGUGAUGGCUGGAGCGAAGCCCCUGUGAUGGGAGAGCCAAACGCAGCGGAUUUUGAGGACGUCAGCCUCGAUGACAACUCAACUACUGAGGAUGAACCAUCUACUCGGGAGGCCGUGUCGCCUUUGGUGGCCGGCAUUGAGAGUCAACUUCUAGAAACCGCUCUGGACAACUCAGACAACUUCUACCGACUUUAUGAGAUCCUCACCGAUAAAGCCCUGCGACAUUAUACCGUGGCGAACCAUGACCAUGCCGUAAAGGCGAAUAUGGCCGACCUUGCGGUACUGAAGUUCUACCUCAAAGAGUAUGGUGCUGCCGCAGACUACUUUUACCAAGCAACGCCCUUCUUCGGCGCGAGCGGAUGGAGCUCGCUGGAGCUAUCCAUGCUGGUUAUGUACCUACACUGCCUUCGCGAGCUCAAGUCAAAGGACGAUUAUGUUCGUGUGGCGCUUAAACUACUCACCAAAUCGUGCGCCGCUGAAAAGGAGCGACUGGAACUCAAGUCUAAAUCAGUGUCGAAGAUUUCCAAACCCGAUAUCCUGGAUGAAUCGUCAAUGAAGGGUAUCGUCGGAAACCUAUUUGAUCUUGCAUCAUCGCUUCCGAGCCAGGUCAAGGUCCAUCUAUCCAAUUUCUUCACCAACAUCGAAUUGGCUGGAGCGCCAGAGUACUACGAUGGCGAGGACAGGUGCUCGUUGACAAUCAAUCUGCGAAGUCUGCUUCCUGAUGAGAUUAAGCUUGACGGUGUGUCAUUGAGGGUCUCUGCGACUGAGACUGGCCCAGUCAAGGAGCUGAGAUUCGGGAAGCGAGAGGACAUUGUGCUUAACCCUGGCCAAAAUAGCAUCAAGGUUGACUGCACGACUCUCGUUCCCGGCAAGUACAGGAUUGACCAUCUUGGGUUGUCCUCGAGUAAUCUCUUCCUCCAUUUUGAACGCGACAUCAACCACCCUCCACCCCAAGAUGCCGACAUCUUCAAGCAUCCCGAUGUGACCCUGUUCCAACGUGCCAAUGCGCUUGAUGUUCGGCUCAUGGCCACGAAGCACACUACGCUGGACAAGACCAAUACGCUAGACCUGGUGCUGAGUCCAGGAUGGAACACGCUGAAGUACUGUGAGAUCCGAGUGAAGCCUGCCACAGGAGGACUCCGACUCUUGACAAUCGAUGCCAGGGUAGUUGACUCGGCGGUGGACUUCGCCAAGCAUCCCGAGGCAGGUGGCGUCUUUUACUUUAACGAUGUUGCCUCGAACACAACUGCCACUAUCCGCUUCCCCUACUCGGUUGAGCAGGAUAUGGGCGACGUGUCCGCCAAGGUCGAGGUGUCUUACACCACGGAAUCGGGCGACAAGUUCUACUUUGCCAAGUCCAUGGUGAUUCCCAUCUCUCUGGCGCUAGGUGUCAACGUCCAGGACGUGUUCAAGCACCAAGCACUCUUCUCACGCUUCAAUGUCUCGACGUCAAGCGCCAGCCCUCUGCGGCUCUACAAGAGCGAGCUGCUCCACUCUGAUCUAUUCGAUUCCGAGUUUGGAGUUGCACCAAAACACACCGUCAUUAUCUUCCCCAAACAGCCAGCCACGCUGCUCUACAAGGUGAAGCGGAAGUCCGGUGUGAAGACUACCACUCGGGUGGCAAAGACCAUGUACUUGAAACUGCAUUACAGCAUAUUGCAGGCUGAAAUUGAGGAGCUGGUGGUGGCAUCAAUCCUUGAGGCCCUUGAGGAGACGCCACUGGUGCAGUACGCCAGAUUCAUCUCGGCCGUCGUCAUCAAGGAAGUCAAGAGCGGGAUGCAGGUGCAGGAUCUCGAGCGAGCAGCAGUACUAUGCGCGGUGACAACGUCCUUUUUGGCGGAUGUUGCUUGGGAGCGAUACUUUACUGGCAUCGGCCGGAUCCCCGGCUCACAGGACAGCGCAGCAAAGGCCAUCGACACGCUUCUAAAGGAAUGGCAAAAGUCACAUCCUCGUGUUCCUAUCCCAGCGUCUCAGGCGGCGGAUCCGAGCACCAUCCUCAUCCCGGUAGAGAUUCCGUCUCUGUCGAUUCUUCACACGGCCGAUAUCCGCCUCCAAAAGCCGCUCACGACGCUGGUGGAUGAGAAGCCUGGGGUAACCCCCACGGUGUGCAUCAACCAGAUGCUGCCUGCCACGCUGCAACUCAAGUGGACCCAGGUUUGGGAUACUGUGACGCAGCACAAGGCCGACCAGGAGUUCAGCUACGAGGUCACUGCACCGGUAGACACGUGGCUGCUUGGCGGGCGUCGCAAGGGCCACUUUGUGAUUCCCGGGUCCACCGGCGAACCACUGUCUUCGAAGCCAGAGACAGAGGCUGAGAUUCCACUGGUGCUCAUUCCUCUCCGCGAGGGCUGGCUGCCGUAUCCGAGCGUCGAUAUCCGAGAAGUCAAGGACACGCCAGCGGCCGCUAGCGUGAACGACGGCCUGCAGACAUGCGAGGUGGACUUGAGAAACCUCGGCGAGACGGUUCGGGUGGUGGGCGAGCGGAAGUGGGUGACUGUGAGUCUAGACGCAAGUGGGCCUGGAGGCGGGCCGUUGGUGUUGGAAAGCGAGGGGUUGGAGAGAGAGAAGGGGAGAGUGGUAGCGUAGAUUUGUAAUAGACGUAGAGGGCAAAUGAUGGGUGAUGAUGUACAAUGACCUCGUUUACAGAAGCUAUCGAAACUGUUUGUGUGUGUGUG